GGGCGGCGGGCGGCGUUGGCCGGCGGGCAUGGCCGUGUUGGCCGCGGUGGCCGUGCUGGGGGCCGUGGCGGAGCGGGAGGCCCCGGCGGCGGGGGCGGCCGUCGCGCUCAGCCCCUACUUCGGCACCAAGAGCCGCUACGAGGACGCGGCGCAUGCGCGGGAGGAGGAGGCGGUGGCGGCGGCGGCGGGCUCGGUGAGGGCGCAUGCGCGGGAAGAAGAGGAGGCGGCGGCGGCGGCGUCCGCCGGGGGGCGCUGCCGAGCGCUGCAGCUGGUGGGCGUGAUCCGGCACGGCACGCGCUACCCCACCGCCGCCCAGCUCCGCCGCCUGCAGCGCCUGCACCAGCUCCUCGCCGCCUCCUCCUCCUCCUCCUCCUCCUCCUCCUCCGCGCAGCCCUCCGCCUCCGCCUCCUACCCCGCCGCCCAGGCCGGCCAGCUGGCGGCCCGCGGCCGGCGCGACAUGGAGCUGCUGGCCGGGAGGCUGAGCCGCCGCUUCCCCGGCCUGCUGCGCCGCCCCGUCCUCCUCUCCAGCUCCAAGCCCCGAUGCGUCCACAGCGCCCGCGCCUUCGCCCGGGCCCUCGCGCGGCACCCGCACCCGCGCCCGCAGGAGGAGGAUCUUGCAGACUUGGAGUAUGGGGAGCCAGAGAUUAAUGAUAAGCUAAUGAGGUUUUUUGAUCAUUGUGAGAAGUUUGUAACUGAUGUGGAAGAGAAUGCCACGGCGCUUCACCAAGUAGACGCCUUCAAAAAUGGACCAGAGAUGAAGAAAAUUUUGAAAAAAGUCUCAGCUCUUUUGCACGUGCCAGAACAUGAUUUAAAUGCAGAUUUGAUUCAAGUGGCAUUUUUCACCUGCUCAUUUGAUCUGGCUAUUAAAGAUACUCAGUCCCCCUGGUGUGACUUCUUUGACACAGAUGAUGCUAAGGUACUGGAAUACCUAAAUGAUCUCAAGCAGUACUGGAAGAGAGGAUACGGUUAUUCUAUCAACAGCCGAUCCAGUUGUAACCUGUUUCAAGAAAUCUUCAAAAACAUGGACAAGGCGAUUGCCGAGAAGCAAAGCGGUCAGCCCAUUUCUUCACCAGCUAUUCUCCAUUUUGGACAUGCAGAAACCCUUCUACCCUUGCUCUCCCUCAUGGGUUAUUUCAAAGACAAGGAGCCCCUGACCGCUUACAACUUCAAGGAGCAAGCGCAACGCAAGUUCCGUAGCGGACGUAUCGUGCCCUAUGCCUCCAACCUGAUAUUUGUGCUCUACCAUUGUGAGCACGCCACGACCCCAGAGGAGGAAUAUCAAGUGCAGUUGCUGUUGAAUGAAAAGCUGUUGCCUUUUAUCCACUCUCAAGAGACCACAUCCCUGUACGGGGAUCUGAAAGACCACUAUAAGGACAUCCUGCAAAGCUGCAACCCUGACCAGGAAUGCAAGUUACCAAAGGUGAACAACACGGCUGAUGAGCUCUGAAUAACAGGAGGACAUAGUGGACUGGUUGGGGAAUCUCUGGAUUUGUGACCCCCUGCUUGACGCAAGUGGUCAUUUGCUUUGGCCUUGAUUUUAAAGAAAAGUUCUCACACUAGCUAGGUAUUUCUGCCUUUUUCACAAGCUCAUGUAGAGAGAGAGGGUGUGUGUUUGUGUGUUCGCGUGUGCAUCACACACAAGAGUCUGACAUUGCAAAGCUGUGCAUUUGAGAUAAGGAAGGGAGCCCCUCCCCCCCGCCCCCUCAGAAUGUACCUUGUGCCUUCAGAGGUCUUGGACAGAAUUGAAACCCCGUAGGUGCCAAUAACAGCUGAGCAGCCCUGGUUUCAGAAGAAUUGCUUUGUUGGUCCUUCUCAAACCAGACCCAGAAAAACUGAAAUGCAGCUUCUGGUGGCUGUGCUGCCCUCUUUUGUUCUUUUAAAUAGAGUUCCACUUCAGUGUUACUAAUUCCUCUCAAUCAGAAAACAUUGUGAUGAUCAGGAAUUAUCCAGUUUACAUAAACACAAUCUUGCCUCUCUCUCUCUCGUCUCAAAGACAAAUGUCAGAGUGCUAAUGAAAGCAUUUAUUUGCUGUCUGAUUUUUCAAGAGGACAGUUGUACUGAAGCUUAGGGAAGUAGCGUUUAUCCGCAAACAGUAUGGGAAGCAGUUUUAUGUUCAUAUUUGCAUAGCCUUUUUAUAUUUUUUAAAAAUGCCUUCUGUCCACUGAAGUCCUCCAAGAUGAGGCCCAUUUUUUACAUGCUACCCAGGGACUGACAACUGGCCAGGUAGAACAGAAAUCCUGAGUCGUUUGCAGGGAAGAUUGAGUCCCCACUUCCACUUGAUCAUAUAGAAGUUUUCUUUUCCCAAAAUGGAGCUGCCAGUGUGUCCUUCUCAUUGGAGACAUUUCUUUCCUGGCAUAGCCCCUUGAGUAUUCUAAGGGCCCCACCAAAAUAAGUAAGGUGAUCUCUUAAGAAAAGCAUUGGUCCAAAGUAAAGAAAAUGGACUAUCGUUACAUACUGAAUUCAUUGUUCAACUGUGGGACCUUUUUCCCUCUCCUUGAGAUGAAAUCUUUUACAGGGACAAUCUGAUUAGCUCUGAGGCCUUUUAGGAGCCCACUUUGGCAAGGCUGGUGGACAGUUAGUUCUUGUUGAGCAGUUUGCUUUUAAAGAGUCGGAAUUUUUUCCUUGCGAAGGAAAGACUUCUUUUUCUCAUUUACCUUUACCUGCUAGAAGCACCAAAACACCUGGGGCAAACAUUGAUUUUUGCUCUGGAGUCCAUUUCUUUUGUUACCAAUAGGACCACAAUGCCAAGAUUAUCCAAAGGCAGAAUUGCUUCUGGUUCCAUAGAGAGGCCAAAGCCAGCCUGCUCUUAAGUUGGGGAAGACAGGCCGCUGGGUGAAAGUGAAGAAAUCUUUUGAGAAUUGAUUUUUUAAAUUCCUUGAAACUUUCCUACAAAGACGAUCAUAGUCUAGAGAGAUGUUCAUAUUGCAGAUCCAAACAAUCCAAUUGGAUUUAAUCUGCCCUACCACCUGCAGAAAUAGCUAAAUAAUUUCAAAUCAUGUUUAAAUUGGAGGAAUAUAUAUUUGUCCUAAGAUUCAGUGACUUGAUAGGGUAGAAAGUGAUCGUUGCUGGUAAAUGGUGCUACAGAUUACUCUCUUGAAGACCUUGAACCAAAUGUACACUUGUUAGCUAUAUUCUGAUCUUAGAUCAACAUUGUUUAAUUAUUUGCUUUGAAUGGCUUUAAAAAUAUUUAGUUCAGAAAUUGAGAAUUUUUAAAAAAUUGAAUUAUUUGGCAGAAAGUGAUAUUUGACUUCGGGGUUCAGUAAGAGAGCCUGGUGAAGUGACCGUUGAUUAAUAUUGAAAUAUUUCUUUGGUGAACGUUAUUUGAGAGAAAUCUUAAUGUUUCUGCAGUUCCAGGAAAUUUAGGAUUUUUAUCAAUAUGAUACUGUUUUGGGGGUUUUUUUCCUAACAGGAAACAAUCCAAACUCGUAGGUUUCAUAAUAAGAAAAUGCAUUAGUUUAGUUUAGCUGCAGAACUGAGAAAAUCUAUUUGAUUAGCUUCCCUUGUCUGUUUUAAGAGUAGCCUUUGUUUGCAAAGACAUUAUGCUGAUGCUUAAUCUCUAAUGUACUUAACUGACAUUGUAUUAGCAUAAGUACACUUUUUCUCUGGCUUAAUGUAAGAGUUGAAGUGGACUCUAGUGAGAUGCAUUUAUAUUGGAUUGUUUACCUAAUAGUAGCCCAUUCUCAUUUCCGUGUGCAUUAUACUUGGGAUUUGCUGUGUUGGAUCGCAGAUGUUGUUCUUUUAUAUAAACUCUUUUAAUUUUAAGACUCAGAUAAAGCUCUUGUGGACAAAUGCGUAA